CAGAGAGCUACCAUGUGCACGGGGAAGUGUUCGAGGUGCAUUGGGAUCACCCUGUUCCCACUGGCAGCAUGUGCCAUAGUCUCCAAUAUCCUCCUGUACUUCCCCAAUGGACAAGUUCUGCAGCUCAGCGAGAUAACCGAUCUGGUCUGGUUUUUCCAUGGCAUUCUGGGAGCUGGGAUACUGGUUAUUUUGCCGGCAUUCAUGAUGCUGGGAGCAGGCGGAGCAGGAUGUUGCGCUAACAGAUGUGGGAUGCUGCUGUCAGUGGUCCUGGCUGUGCUGGGAUUCGCAGGAGGAGCAUAUUGUGCGGUCAUCUCCUCACUGGGGCUGAUUGGGGGCCCUCUAUGUGACACGGGUGAUGGAGAAUACCUCUACCCUUUCAGGAAUGACACUCUUGAAGACAAUUAUUUGUUCAACCAGACAACAUGGAGCAUUUGCAAAGAACCUGAAAACAUCAUCCUUUGGAAUAUCGUCCUUUUCUCUAUUCUCCUGGCCAUUGGUGUGAUUGAAGCUAUUCUUUGUUUUAUUCAAGUCAUCAGUGGACUUACCGGCUUCAUAUGUGGCACAUGUAUGAGGAAAAGAAAGACAAAUAUUUCUGGAAUGUGA